AUGGAGAACACUAAGCUCAAUUUGUGUUACUUUCUAGCAUUAUGCCUUGUAACUAUAAUUAUCUCGCAAGCUUCGGCCAAACCGAAAGUCCCGUGUUUUUUCAUCUUCGGCGAUUCUGUGUUGGAUAACGGCAACAAUAAUCACCGGAACACCACCGCGAAAGGCGACGUCAUCAGCUUGAACGAGCAGCUGGCCAACCACGAAGCAACGGUUUCCCGCGUCGCCGCUUUGCUCGGCGGCAAGGCCGCGGCCAAACGGCGGCUGAGAAAGUGCAUAUAUUUAGUGGGAAUGGGCAACAACGACUACCUCGCCUAUUAUUUGCCGCAAUUCCACUCCAAAACGGCGCCGUAUGACCCCCACCAGUUCGCCGCCCUCCUCCUCCACCGCUACUCCACCCAACUCCGAAGGCUGUACGAUAGUGGGGCGAGGAAGAUAGCGUUGUCGGCGAUCGGAAAAUUGGGGUGCCUGCCGCAGGUUAUCGCCACCUACGGCGCCUCCGACGACCGCUCGCUCUGCGUCGAGACCACCAACGACGUCGUCCAGAUUUUCAACGAAUUUCUAGGGCUUCUAGUGAGAGACCUCAACAAUCAGCUUCCCGGAGCAAAAUUCCUGAUCGCCGGAGACAGCUCCAGCACCUCUUCAUACGGGAAUAUCACGGAUUUGAGCAAUCCGUGCUGCCGGGUGUCAAGCGACGAGUCGUCGGCCGGGCAGUGUCUGCCGGAGAUCGCGCCGUGCGUCGACCGGGAAAAGUACAUGUUUUGGGAUGGGUUUCACCCGACGGAGGCGGGCAAUUUGGUAUCGGCCAAAAUUGCGUACCAAAACAUGGAGCCCUUGUAUGCUCUUAAUGAUAAUAACGAUAAUCGUGUGGCUGUUUUGUAA